CGUCGCGUUUCGUCCUCCUUGGAGGCUUUUAUGCCUCCGGGAUUAUUUUCUCGCGGGUUGCUUGUGCUCGGCUUCUUGUUCUGCUCGAACAUGUGGUGCGCGUGACGUGCAGGAUAUAAAGCAGGAAAUGUUCUUCACGGAAGGCUCGUGCGCCUUCCUGCUGCUGGCGGCACUGACGCUGUGCCAGGGGCCCGGUCAUGUUCAGGGGAAAAACGACAACUAUCAAAUAAGCGACGUGUGCAAGAAGAAUUUCAUGCGUGAUCUCUAUAGAAAGAUAGAUGGGGCUGUUAUCAUAUCGCAACACGAGAAAGACCUCGACUGUACCAUCACGUUUCAAACCCAUAGCAUCCUUCAACGAUUUAUGCUACGUUUUGAUCAACUACAAUUGGACUGCAACGAUCAUCUGUACAUCUACGAUGGCGCUCAUGCGGUCAGCAAUUACAAGGCAGACCUGUCCUGCAGGAACACGAAGCAAAGCGUUGGCGCGAUUUAUACGCACACCAACUUCGUGACAUUGAAAUACGUCACCGACUCCUGGGGCACCAUCACGAACGGCUUCCGCCUCGUUAUCACAGCCGUCAAGGAUCCUAAGCACGACUGCAAGGACUUCCAAUGCACUCAGAACGAAUUUUGCAUCGAGACGGACCUCCUUUGUGACGGUGUGAAUCACUGCGGCGAUGGUUCCGAUGAGGCCACCUCCAUCUGUGCCAACUCCGAGACGUCGACAAUUUUGGGCAUGCAGAAGAUUUGGUUCGCAGUCGCCCUCGUUUUCCUGACACUGAGCGUGGCAGGUUUGGUGACGGCGGCCGUUCUCUGUUUCUGCAGACGUACCACAACCCCAAGGCACCCCCAUAACGCGCACAACGCCCAGUCUCAUCCUCCAGUCAGCUUCCCAUGGAUUCCAAGCUCGUAGUUGGCGGUACGUGCUGAUUCAACGCGAAGUUUCCCUCACGACUGGUCGAUACACGGACCACUCGCUUAGUUUCCUCUCGGCAGUCGAGUGAAACCGACCCCAACAGCAAGAGGCUUCAGUGUUCCCGGUGGUGGGUCGGCGGACCAUGGGAGAACGAACAUGGCUGCUCCGAUACUUUGGAACGUGCUCUACGUGGCUCUUUCGUUGAUCUUCACCAGCCAAACCACCAUGGCGAGGCAAACGGAGACUUUCGUCGUGAGCAACACCAUAGACCAAGAAGGGAAGGACUACUUCAUAGGACCCUGUCUGGUGAACGACAACCAGACCUGCCCCGACAAAGAGGUGACGUUUUUCCUGUACACGCAGAGGAACUUCAACGAGAGUCAACAGAUCCUGGUGGACGAGACCAGCUCCAACUUAGCACAGACUAACUUUGACCCCUCGAAACCGACCAAGAUAGUGAUUCACGGUUACGACUCCAAUAUGAUGCUGUCCUACCUCGUGGACGUGCGGAUGGAAUACUUGAAGAGCUACGAUUAUAACGUGAUCGCUGUUGAUUGGCAUCGUCUGGCCACGGCUCCGUGUUACCCCAUCGUCGUUCAAAACGUGCCACACGUGGGUGAGUGUGUGGCCCAACUGAUCGAGAGACUGAGGGACGCAGGAGCGCAGGACAUACACGUGAUAGGCUUCAGUCUGGGUGCCCACGUGCCCGCUUUUUCCGCGAACGCUCUGCACCCGUACAAAAUAUCCAGAAUCACGGGGCUGGAUCCGGCCAUGCCGUUGUUCGUCACGGAGGACAAGAGCAAGAAGCUGGACGCUGGGGACGCGCAGUUCGUCGACGUGUUUCACACGAACGCGUUCAUACAGGGCAAAGUCGAGAUGAGCGGGCACAUAGACUUCUACAUGAACGGGGGUAUCAAUCAGCCCGGCUGCUGGGACAGAUGGAAAGCCUUCGAGUGCGAUCAUCAUAGGUCGGUUAUGUACUUUGCGGAGUCCAUCAACUCGAAGGUCGGUUUCUGGGGAUGGAGAUGCGGAGGAUUCGUGAAUUAUCUUCUGGGUCUGUGUCCGCCCAGGUACCCGGCCGCUUUGGCGGGCGACAAAGUUGACAGGAAGAACAGGGGCUUCUAUCUGGUGAGGACCCACUCUCGCAGCCCGUACGCUAUGGGGAAUUUCAGCGUAAACCGGUUGGAUAUGUACACGUAAGCUGGAGAUAAGCGAUAACGGGAAUAAGCGGGGACUGUGAAUACGACCGGCGUCCCAGAUAAGCAGCCAAAAACGGGUCGUGUACGUAGGAUGAGGACAUGAUCGUGAACUCUCCGAGAGAAAAGUGUGAAAGUUCGUCCGUUGAAAAACGUGGCCCGUGUCAAGGUCAGGAGAUUCCGGGCACCUGGUGCCCUGCUAAUCGAUAUCGUGUUCGAGCAGGGAGAAAGAAGUGGGGCUCGCUUGAGCCGACUACACGCUACGUUUAGAAGCUGAUUCUUUAUCGAUUCGACGCGUGCGAUGUGAAUAGGGACUAUUUGCGAUUCAGAGUGAACUUGGUCAAAUUUCGCGCGCCAUUUCGGUGGGUUUUAAACUCGUCAUAGAUACUGUAGGACUCUGUAUCCGUGGAGGAUGCCUCGAAACUUGUUUGCUGAACCUUAUUAGGUUUAUACUUGUGUAUGUAGUAAUCUGUUUUAUUUAUGUUUAUGUUAUAAUUAUGAUAAUAUUAUUUAUUUGAAUUGUACAGUACGGUAUAGUGAAGGUGAAAAAUAAAACUUGUAAAUAA